AUGGCGGCGGUAAUGCCGACAGAUCCAGCUUCCCCCAGCCGCUUCCGUGACGCCUGUGAUACAAUACAGGAGGGUGCGGAGGCAGCACGGAGGAUUUUCAGCUGGGCCUCGGGCGUGCCGAGGCGGCUUCUUGGAAAGGAUGCAGCCUGGCUGGUGGCUGACGCUGCAAAGUUUGCAGUGGCAGAUCUUCCGCCCGUGAUGCUGGGCCGAACCGCCGAUCUUUCGCGCGCUUUACUUCGUAUUCGCUUACGUGAAGUUGUGCACGAUCCGAAGAAGGCGGCUGCCAGUGCCACCCACAAAGCACUUGAUCUGAUGGGAGGUGGGUUUGUGAAGAUGGCCCAGGUGGUAGCACACAGCCCUGCGCUGUUCCCUGAGCCGCUGGUGCGUGCCUGCCACGGCAGUCUGGCUCAGGCAGUUACACCGCCUGCUCCUCUGAAGGAAAUUGAGCAGAUUCUGAAGGAGGACCUUGGCCUCAAGAUCGGUGACCUCUUUGAACACUUUGACGCGCAGCCAAUGGCAGCGGCAUCCAUUGCACAGGUGCAUGCUGCCAAGCUGCGCUCCGGAGAGCGGUGUGUGGUCAAAGUGGUCCGCCCGCACGUCCGUGAGCGCUUGGCCGUGGACUUUGCGUGUGUGCAGCUGGCCGCGCGCCUUGCAGACUUGAUCCUGGGAGAGGAGGUGGUUCUCCAGCUGGUGAGCGCCUCGCUCGAAGGAUGUGUAGAGGAGCUGCGAAGAGCUGUGAUGGCCGAGUGUGACUUGGCCGUUGAGCGACAGAACAUCGAGGACUUUGGCCAGUGGUUGCAAACCUCUGCCACACUCAGCAGAUCUCGCCUGGCAAACGCUGUCCGCGUGCCGAAAACCUAUGAAGACGCCUCCUCGUCUCGCAUCUUGACCAUGGAGCGAAUUGAUGGGAUGCCCUUCUCCGAACUCUGCGGCGGUGAAGAAGCUAGUGUCCCCAGCGAUUGGCAAUCAGCGCUAACCUCUGCGCUGAGUGUCGCUGCUGUUUCAGUAAUCGAUGGGUCGGCCAUCUUUCAUGCAGAUCUUCACACAGGCAACAUGAUCGCGAUAAGAGGGCCUGCAGGAGAAUGCCAGGUAGCUUUUAUCGACUUUGGCUGCUGCGGUCGGCUCCCGGCACCUCUGCGCGGCACGUUGCUGAUGCAGGCUUCAGCAUUCGCUGGCGCAAGGCCAGAUGUGCGCCAAUUCUGCGAGGGCUUUGCUCAUGCACUGCAGCGCAUUCCCGAGCUUGGCCGCGAAGAGGAUCUGGAUGUUGAUGCCCUAGCUGACGACAUGAAGCCAGUGCUGCAGCGCCUCCGGCUCCUAAACCCCUUCCAAGGAAAUGCUGACCCAAUGAGCCCCGAACUCCACAUGGAGCUUUUGCGUCUGCAGCGGGUCCUUUGCCGACACGGGGUACAACUUCCUCGCGAAUUCGCCCUUCUGAUGAAGACUGGCUGCUUUGGUGCUUUGUAUUUCUCGCUCCUGGAUGAUGCCCACAAGCGACAGCUCUUGUCGAAGCUAUUGGUAGCCGGAGCAUCCUUUGCUGCCUCUCAUCCCAAGGAUGCCAGGCAGCUUCUAAAUCCAGCAAAGCUGGCGGUGCUGCUGUCGGCACUUCGGAGACACGACAGGUCUUUUGCAGCUUGCAGCGUCACACCUGCCAUCAUGGUGGCCUUGUGGUCACUGCAGCACUGGUGGCACGGCAUCUACAGCCACUUAGCAGUCAUGUCGGAAGAGAAGGUUCACCGUUUUGCUGCUUUGGGCGGUGAGACCCCAGCAGCACCGUGUAGAGACAUUGAGGGACAGCUGCAUACCGGCAAGCUUCGCGAUCGCAAACAGUGGAAGCUUGCUGUGACAUACUGGUCAGAUGGGAGCGUGCCAGCUGUCCAUGCGGCCUUCUACCUUUGGUACGGCACUCCGCAAGUGGAUGGCAAGUGGCUGCACUGGGACCACAAGGUGCUUCCUCACUGGGACAAGGAGGUGGAUGCAAAAUAUGAUAAAUUCAACUGGAGUCCACCAGACGAGCCGCAUGCCACCUACUACCCUCAGAGAGGACCAUAUAGCUCGCGCGACGAAUUGACGCUGUCGAGCCAGUUCGAGGACCUUUGGAAGGCAGGUGUUGACUCCGCAAUGUGCUCAUGGUGGGGACGCAAGGAUUGGACAGGAAAGCGUGAUGAUGCAGACUCAGGUGCUAACACGGACGAACUGAUCCCAUCGGUGCUGGAGGCUGCGCAGAAAGCCGGCGUUUUCGUAUCUUUCCACAUUGAGCCAUAUGGGGGCCGUUCGCCACAGACGUUUUUGGACGAUCUCACCUACAUCGUUCGGGAGUACGGCAGCCACCCGGCCAUUUGGCGGGAGGGUCCCAAGAAGUUGCCGCUCUUCUGGCUCUACGAUGUCUCGGCUCAGCAUUCGAUGCAGGAUGCAGUGGCCUGGAAGGAGGUGCUCGACUCUGUGCGAGGAACAGAGUUGGACGGCGUUUUCCUGUGCUUGUGGAUUGGCAAUGGCGGUGGCCGAGAAGAUUUGCGAUUUGUCCAGGAUGCAGGAUUUGACGGGGCGUACACCUACUUCGCUGCCGAGGGCUUCACACCAGGCUCGAACACCAAGAGCUGGAAAGAUGUCGCGGCGCGUCUGAAGAAGGUUGGAAAGCUCUUUGUGCCAUCCGUUGGGCCUGGGUACGAUGACACGCGUGUGAGACCGUGGAAUUCCCACAACAUUCGAGAAAGGAAGGGGGGAGAGUACUACAACCGCAUGUGGUCCGCGGCAGUGAGCAGCCGGCCUUAUGCGGUCUCGGUGACCUCCUAUAAUGAAUGGGGAGAGGGCACGCAGAUCGAGCCUGCGAAGCGCCAUCGUUCGCGGAAAGGAACAAAAUAUGGAAGCUAUGAGCCUCAGCCGAGUACCUUCUACUUGGCGGAGACCAAACGAUGGUCAGAUCAAUUCAAGGAGGACCAAUGCCGUGAGCAGAAAACGGAGUUGUAG